UUGUGAUCUACGCUUUCCCAUAAACACAGUAGGGAACACCAUAAGCAAAGCUUCUGGUUCAGUCUCUCUCUCCACUGCUAAGGAAGAAGAAAAAAGCAAACAGAGCAAACCCUCCUCCAAAAAAGCUUUCUAUUCGGCGAGUGAGUCAGCCAUGGCGGUGGCCUCGACGUCUCUAGCAUCCCAACUCUCAGGUCCCAAAACCAUCAACUACGCUCCAAACUUCUCAGGUCUCCGGCGUUCAUCCUCGAAACUCGAGAACUUCCAAUCCAUGUCUUCCACACAAUCUCUAUUCCAACACCUCCAUUCCCAUCUCCAUCUCUCUUCCUCUCGCAAAGGCUCCAGAGGCGUUGUCACUAUGGCCGGCACCGGAAAGUUUUUUGUUGGUGGAAAUUGGAAGUGUAAUGGCACAAAAGACUCUAUUAGCAAGCUUGUGUCUGACUUGAAUAGUGCAAAAUUGGAGCCUGAUGUUGAUGUUGUAGUAGCACCACCCUUUGUUUACCUUGAUCAGGUGAAGAGCUCAUUAUCAGAUCGGAUAGAAGUAUCUGCUCAGAACUCUUGGGUUGGAAAAGGUGGGGCUUUCACUGGAGAAAUCAGUGUCGAACAAUUAAAAGAUAUUGGUGCCAAAUGGGUUAUUCUUGGGCAUUCAGAAAGGAGGCAUAUAAUUGGUGAAGAUGAUCAGUUUAUUGGAAAGAAGGCUGCCUAUGCCUUGAAUGAAGGUCUUGGGGUAAUAGCUUGCAUUGGGGAACUACUAGACGAAAGGGAAGCUGGAAAAACUUUUGAUGUCUGCUUUCAGCAGUUGAAGGCUUAUGCAGAUUAUGUGCCUAGUUGGGAUAACAUAGUUAUUGCUUAUGAGCCUGUAUGGGCCAUUGGGACCGGCAAGGUGGCUACGCCCCAACAAGCUCAGGAAGUACAUGCAGCCCUUCGUGACUGGCUCAAAAAGAAUGUCUCAGCAGAAGUUGCAUCUAAAACACGAAUAAUAUACGGAGGGUCCGUAAAUGGAGGCAAUAGCUCUGAGCUUGCAAAGCAGGAAGAUAUUGAUGGUUUUCUUGUCGGUGGUGCUUCCUUAAAGGGUCCUGAAUUUGCUACAAUUGUGAAUUCUGUGACAUCCAAGAAAGUUGCUGCUUGAUUAUGGUGGUCUUGGCAGCAGAAGCAAAUAAAGGGAGAAAUGAAGCCUUCCAGUCUGAAGCAUGGUGUAAGAAUUGUGCGGGCCAGUUUUACUGUAUGAUUUUUUAAUCAGUUUUGAAGUUUUCCCCUACCCAUACUAUGGCCAUUAUGUAUUGUCGAUUGUCAGAGUAUGAGAUGAAUAAUUGAGUUGAUUACAAAUAUCUUCGAUUAACUAAUAAGUUAUCUGAUUUCUCUGUUGAAGCUUAAAAA